AUGGCUCAGCUCAAUACAGACAAACUCUUUUCUCAUUCUAACCCUCCAUCAUCAUCAGCAGCAGCAGCUGCAGCAGUAGCAGCAGCACACCUUCCAUCAACCACUCACAAGUCGCAAGACCACCGGUUGCUGCAGCCUUCUGCAUCCACAGCUCCUUCUUGGCUACCGGAGACGUCCUAUCGUCAUCUUGCUGCUGGAUCAUCUUUAAAUUCAUCCAAGUUGAUUAGCAGCAGCUCUCUUCCUGCUGCUGCUGCUGCUCAGUCGACUGAGGGGCCCCUCAUGGGGGCCCCCCAGUUCGAGGCGCCUAUAUGGGGGGCCCCACCUUUCCGUCUAUCAAUGGAGGCAGUAGAUUUCAUCUCUGCUAUACCAGCACCUGAAUGGUCCGUCUUGAGCGUUGUAAGUCAUUGCUUAGGUUUCCUGGGGGCCCCUUGGGGGGCCCCUGAUCAACUUAAGGGUUCCUUACGACAAGAUCAAGACCCAGCAGCAGCAGCAGCAACAGCAGCAGCUAAACGCCCACAGCCCAUUUACGUCUCACUCAGACAAUGGAGGAGGUUCAAUGCAGGUCUUGCCACUUCAGCCACCUGCAGCAGCCGCAUCAGCAUCAGCAGCAGCAGUACCAUCAACAGCAGCAGAUUGAAGCAAAAGACCCAGAUGCCCCCAGCACUUAAAGACAACGAGGUCGUCGCUAUUUGGGGGGCAGCAGCAGCAUUGGCGUUCCUCCACACACGGAAGAAAACUCGAAGACACAACUUAAUGCAGCAGCAGCAACAACAGCAACAGCAGCAGCAAGGUCAAACAGUAGUUCAUGAUGGAUUCCCGUCGUUGUACUACCCAUCUGCGGCGGCGGCAGCAGCAGAUGCUGCUGCUGCUGCAACAGCAGCAAAUGAAUACCUUUUUAGUGGGACGUCGGCCCAGUGGGACUCAUCAUCCCACGCGGCAGCAGCAGCAGCAGCAACAGCAGCAACAGCAACGCCUGCUGAUGCAGCAGCAGUUGAUGCAGGAUUAUUACGUGCAGCAGGGCUUCCCGACAUGCCCCCUUUGCUGGAGGCACAGGAGGAGGUAGUGGAGGUCCGUGUUCUCUUCUUGCUGCUGCUGCUGCUGGCAGCACGUCGGCAGCAGCAGCAGCAGCAGCAGAACUUCCCUGUUCCUGAGGAACCUUUUUUUUCUUCUAUGAGUUCCCCUAGAAGAGCUCUGCUAGCAUCAACAGCAGCAGCAGCAGAUUCAUUUCUUAAUGAGGGAAAUACACAGACAUCCCUACCUAAUAGCAAGACACAGCACACCAACAGUGGGAACCUAGACUCGAACAAAAUUCGGCAGCAUCUGCUGCAGUACGAACCGCAGCUGCUGCAGCUGCUUCGUUGUGGACGCCGUUGUGAGCAGCAGCAGCCGCAAAAGGAACACCCACAGCAGCAGCAGCAGGACGCGAAUGAGUGUCUUGCGGCCUUUGAGAUGGAGGCCCUCGAGGUCUUUCUGGAAUGCGACAUCAUGCAAGGACUUGCUUCUUCGCUUUCUGGUGGUUCAUCGCCGCUGCUGCCAUUCAAACUGUUGCCUAAGGGAGUCCUCCGACACCUGCUGAGGGGCCUUACAGGGUCCUAUGGGGCAGCAACCCUGACAGACAAACAGCAGCAAGCGGCGCUCCCUCGGCGAUCUCAGGUCCGAAACCUCAAAGGGGCGUUGCAAUGUCUGAACUCCGCGGCCUUGCGCUCUUCUCGUAUCUUGAGGAUUUCCUCCUGCAGCAACACCGACAUAUUCAUAUCUUGGCCGGUGGAGGCGUUGGUCUUAGAAGGUCUUUCGGGGUGUUCAGUGGUUGCACCGGUGGUUGUGGGGCCCGUCUUCGUCCGCAGCUGCUGCCGCCUGACACUCCAUACUCGGGCUAACGCUGUCUUCGUGGACAACACGUUGGGAGCCGAUUUAUUUGUUGCUUGUUGUUUUCCCCCUGUCCUGCUUGGCGGAAGUCGGGCACUCUCUUUGGGGCCGUAUAAUGUUAUCUGCCGCCCGCCGCAGCAGCAGAUGCAGCAGCAGCAGGUGGUGCAGGAGCAGCAUCAGGAGGUGCAGCAGCAGCAACAGGAGGAAGAGCCGGCCAAUGCGCCGCGCAGCCUGUCUGUGCAUUCCCCGUAA